AUGGUCAACCGCGGACACCUGCCGGCCCACCGCCUGGACCGUGCCACACGUCCCGAAGUGCCCACAUGGGUCCGAGUGCGGGGAGUCCUCGAGGAGGGCGAAAUCCCGAAUUUGAUCGGGAGGUAUGCUCGAGUCAAGAACCGGCCUGACAAGAACCAGUUCCUCUACCUCAUCGCCCCGGAGUUGGCCGAGAACGCCAAUGCCCGGAAUCACGAAGAGUGCAGCCAGGCUCUGGUGACGGCCAUUGACAAGGGAGCUCACGGACAGUUCUGCCCACGGCGCCUUGGGAGACGCAGCCCGGCAGGCUUUCCAGAGCCUGCAUUUGCCUUGAAGCCUUCGAGCUCGGCAGCAGAUUGGGCCAUGAACCGCAACAAGGCUCUUCUCGAUGCUCUCAUGGGCGCCAACCGCGAUGCUUCCAAAAAGGAUAAGCUCAACAGUGAGCCUGAGUUCAAGAAGGACGAGUACUGCAAGUCCUUCCUUGUCGGGUACUGCCCGGGAAAAACGUUGGGCCGAGAAGUGGAGAGCCUCCGGGCGGAGUUUGACCCCAAGAGCGUGAUCCCUCCUUGUAACAAGCUCCAUUCGAUCGGAGUCAGAGAGGAGUUCAAAGCCCACAAAGACUAUCAGAAAUAUAAACGUAGAUAUGAGGAUGAUCUCCUCCAUCUUAUCGACAAAGGCAUCAGGGAAGUUGAGGACAAGGUGGCACGAGAAAAGCGCAGGCAUACUGAAGGCAUCGCAGUGAUGACGGACCAGGACCGGCUUUGCGAGAUCUGUGGCCUAAAGUACAAGCUCCGCUUUGCGGACAUCAACGUUCGAGAAACCGAGGGAGGGAAGUACAAGCCCGACAUCCAUCCGGAGUCCGAUUACCACAAGAAUUAUGUCAAGCUGCGAGAAAAGCAGAUUGAGUACGAAAAAAUCAUCAAGGCGCGGUCAGACGGAGAUGACAAAGCGGCAGACAAGGAGUCAUGCCAGGGGAGUUGUGUCGAAAGGACGAAAAAGACAGAGACCGAAAUCGGGACAACGGUGGACGCAGCGGCUCUCGCCGCCCUCGCGACGAUGACCGUCGCCGCGACCGGGAUGAUGACGAUCGUCGAGACCGUCGCGACAGGGACGAGGACGAUCGCGACCGCAAUGGGGACCGAGACCGUCGAGACCGUGGUCGUGACCGUGAUGAUGACCGCGAUCGCCGCAGCAGCAGGAGGAGCCGUGAUGCUCGGGAUGAUGAUCGAGACAGGUGUCGCGGAAGUGCGGACAGGGACAGGGCCUUUCUCGUUUUGUUUUGGUCGGCUCCAUCGCUUCCACGUGUCAGAGAUGUAA